AUGCUUCUAGUUUCUCUUCUUCUUUUACCUUUGAUUUCUGCUCAAUGUGGACCUGGAGCAGUGUUUCAAUCAUCUAGUUCUAGAUGCUUUACAUUCUUCCGAACAGGAGUAGAUUUCCAAAGUGCUGAAGCAAUUUGUGCCACUUUGAACGGUCAUCUUGUCUCUAUUCACAAUGCAAUUGACAACGCUUUCGUGUCGAGUCAAGCUCAGAAAUACUUCGACGGAUCGGCAUGGCUCGGAGCCAAAACAACAGCUCCAGACGUCACAAAUCCAUUGAAUUGGUAUUGGACUGACGGAUCGAACUUUGAUUACCAAAACUAUCGAGUCGGAGAACCAAGUGCACAAGGAGCAACUGCAUGCAUGCAACUGCAAACUGGAACUGCCAAAUGGCUCACUACUAACUGCUCAACUCAACUUCCAUUCAUUUGCUCAUACUCUUCAAGUGUCACUCCAACAUGUCCAACUGUAACGAUUCCCAGUCAUUGUCCAUCUGGAUACACUUGGUACGAUGAGACUGAUUUCUGCUAUAAGAGUACUGUCCGAUUCACAAAUUUCAAUGAUGCUCGCAGUGCUUGCCAAGCUGAUGGAGGAGAUUUGGCAUCUAUCCAUUCUCAAGCAGAGAAUCAAUUCCUUGUUGAACUUUCUAAAGCUGGAAUCACCAAUAAAGACAAGGGACACAAUGAUGAUGUUUUCAUCGGAUUGAUCUACCAGAAUUCCAAAUGGCAAUGGACUGACGGAACCGCUGUCAACUACCUCAAUUGGGGAGAUGGUGAACCAAAUAACAUGGAGAAAGAGUGGUGGACUUCGUUGGUUGCUGACCCACAUGAGGACAGAAACACAGAAGACACCCGAUGGAACAACGUUGCUCAAGUUGAUAUGAGAGCUUUCAUUUGUAAAAGAGCACCACUUCAUUAA